AUGGUUCUAAAGAAAUGGGAGAUUUUUUACAAAUUCCGGCUGCCAGAAGGGCUGGUCGUGGUGGCCCUGCUGGCGGUUGCCGCCGUUUAUCUGAAUCGGGACAUUAGUUAUUGGAAAGUCGUGAAAAAGAAUUUGACGGCCGUGAAAGAAGAACAAACGGUAAAAUGUGAUCUUUCUACGGGGAGAUGGGUUUAUGACAACGUGUCGUACCCUCUUUACAAGGAGGACGAAUGUUCGUUAGGCGAGAAUUUUUUCGCAUGCGAAAGGUUCAAUGCCAUUGCAUUAUUGGAGAAAUUGAGGAAUAAAAGGCUUGUGUUUGUUGGGGAUUCUCUUAAUAGAGUGCAAUGGAUUUCUAUGGUUUGUUUGAUUGGCAAAGCAAUUCCUGGUGGGCCCGAGUCUCGUGUACACAACGAUGGCAGCAGUUUAUUAACUUUCACGGUUAAAGAAUACAAUGCGAAAAUAGACUUCUAUUGGGCUCCAUUAAUGGUCGAGUCCAAUUCCGAUGAUAUAGCAAACCAUCGGGUAGUGGAUCGCACGGUAAAAGUCGAGGCAAUCGAAAAACACGGCCGCCAUUGGGCCGAUGCCGAUUUUCUGGUUUUCAACAGCUAUCUUUGGUGGCGCCAAUUGCCCAAAAUGGAAGUCUUAUGGGGCGCCUUCAAUAGUUCAGAUGGGAUAUAUAAACAAGUGGACAUGCAGCGGAGCUAUGAAAUGGCCCUUAGAACGUGGGCCGAUUGGUUGGAAUUUCACGUCAAUCGUUCCAAGGCCCAAUUGUUUUUCAUGAGCAUGUCCCCAAUUCAUGAAAAGGCUGAAAAAUGGGGAAAACCCGCAGGACAAAACUGUCACAUGGAGACACAUUUAAUAACCAAAGAAGGCUACAUAGGAAAUGAAGAAACAGACACUAACAUGAUGACAACAGUUGAAAAAACAAUAGAUGGGCUUCAAAAAAGAGGUCUCAAAAUCCAAAUGCUCAACAUUACAAAGCUCUCCGAGUACAGAAAAGAUGGCCACCCUUCGAUUUUUCGAAAACAAUGGGAACCUCUAACCGAGUCGCAGAUUUCGAACCCUAAAUCGUACGCAGAUUGCAUACAUUGGUGUCUGCCUGGAGUUCCCGACACGUGGAACGAGCUAUUGUACGCUUACAUAGUCGAUGAUGUAUUGCACGUCGAAAAAGUGAAUUGA